GCGAGCCUUAGACGACUUCCCAUGAGAAAUAGGUGGCAACACUGGAUCUACAGGCCGCUGAAUGCGCCGAGACUACUAGCAGGGCCUUUCACAAAACAUCCAUCAAAGGACAAAGAGGCAGGACACAUCCUGACUCGGCCUUAGACAAAAAAAUCAUUCAAGCUUCUUUGCAAGGGUGCGGGGCUCAUUGAGCAACGCAACGUUUCACUUAAACGCAAAGACGGAAGUCGUCAGGCUGGAGUGCGUACUGAUGGCAGAGUCAGAGACUGACUGUGACACACCAGGUCUCGAUACAUUGGGAUCUGAGUGUGUCAUAGCCCAUACGCAAGUUGGUGACUUGCAUUAUGGUGCAGAGACUGAGAUUAUGACUCAAGAGGACAAAAGGCUUGACCUGGAAGCCAUUCAUGGUGACUUGGGGGCAGUGGCCUGUGUGGAUGUGGUAACAGAGACGGACCAUGACUACAUUAAAUCUGAAAUACACCAUGAUCAUCAUCAGUAUUUUAGCAGUGCAGAAAUGAAAACCGAGCAUUUGCUUGGUGAGGUGCUGUUGAAGACUGAGAUUGGUGGUGGAGAGCAUAUUGUGAAGGUGGAGUCAGACCAUGGAGGGGAGCUUACAGUGGAGUCAGAAAAUGGUGUUAUCAUCCAUGAGGCCCAUGGCCUGCAAUGCAGUGAGUGUGGUGAGAUUUUUGGCAGUAUGGCUGAUCUCCACGAACACUUUGAAAUCCAUAGAGACAUUCACCCCUACAUUUGCGUCCAUUGUGGUGAGAGCUUUGCUAUUGAAGCCAGCUUGAGAAGUCACAUGAGGAUUCACAUGAAAGAGAAAAGUUAUACCACUGGCCUUGAGAUGGUUGGCAAAGGAGUCAUUGAUGCAUUCAACUUGAAACCUCACCAGUUGAUGCACUCUCCUGAAAAGCCACACAGAUGUUCGGAGUGUGGUAAAAGUUUUGCAGCUGCCAUUACUCUCCGAGAGCACAUGAAGAUGCAUUCUGAUGACAAACCCUACAAAUGCACCCAAUGCAGAAAAAGUUUUGUGCGCAGACGGCAUCUUAAGAAGCAUCAAGAGCUGCAUGCUCGCGAGAAGCCGUUUACCUGCCCUCAGUGUGGUAAAGGCUUUGCAACGGCUUCCAAUCUAAAACAGCACCAGAAAACCCAUACUGGUGAGAAGCCACACAGAUGCACCCAGUGUGGGAAGUGUUUCGCAGCUGCAACCACGUUGAGAGAACAUCAGAGAAUUCACUCUGGGGAGAAGCCCUACAAAUGCAACCAGUGUAGGAAGAGCUUUGUCAGGAAACGCCACCUCAAGAAGCACCAGUUGGUCCAUCAAGGUGGUAAGCCGUACCGAUGCUCUCAAUGCGACAAAGGUUUUAACCAUUCCUCGUCCUUGUCAAGACACCACAAGGUUCACUUGGAGGCAAAGAUGUAUGCCCAGGGUGAUAAAGAUUUCCCAUUUGAUACACAUAUGAAGAGGGGAAUGCAUACAGGUGAAAAGCCAUAUAGCUGCAACCAUUGUGAGAAGAGUUUCAAUCACUCAUCAUCACUAUCCAGACACCAGCGGACUCAUUCUGAUGGAAAGUCUUACACUUGUGCUCACUGUGGGAAGAGGUUCAAUCAUCCCUCCUCUCUUGCAAGACACCAACGAGUUCAUUUGGACGAUAAGGGCUCUUAUAGUGCUGUUGCAACAGGAAAGGGGUUCUCCCACACUACCAUCUUGAAACAGACAAUCCUUGAAAGUGAAAAACCCUAUAGGUGCUCUCAGUGCGGAAAGGGUUUCAAUCAUUCUUCUUCGCUAUCUAGGCAUCACAGAAUUCAUAUUAGUAAAAAUGAAUAUCAGUAUGGUCUUUCUCUUCCCACAAGUGGUUCAUCCCACCCUUGAUUCAGGCCAGUUUGUUAAUGUAUGCAAGAGAAGUUGGCAUGGACCUGAUCUGAAGGAACCCUUUAUUUAAAAACAUGUCCUUCAACUUUUCAAGAGCAAUUUAUUUCAAUAUGGUAUGAUUGACAUUGGGUUCAUAACUCCCUGUGUAAUGUGCUUGUACAGUUUGAUGCAAUACACCAUGUUCCACAAUGUCAUUUGUAUGAUUAAAACUGUAGAUGAAACUUAUUGAUAUUCCAUCAUUACUGACUUUUGCAAGUCAUGUUCUCUGUGGUGUCCUUUACACUUCUGGCACAAUCUUGAACUAAGUAUUAGGUCACAACGGUUUUGAAUGGCAGACAACGAAGCGAAUAUGUCUGGGCUUAAUUAUUCACUCACUUAGUCUGUAUCUUUAUCCACCUCUAUUAUUAAUGGGUUGAGAAGCUGAUAUUUGUAAAUAUGUGUUGAUUUUCUUUUAUAUAGAUAUGUAAAAUUAAGUAGUGUGCAGUUCUCUUUUGAAAAUUAAGCAUUUUGUUGUAUGAUGCAGUUAGUCUUAUCCAUCACUUGUAGGCAAAGUGGGAUGGUGCUUUCAGGGUAUGUCACUUAUGGAAUGAGCUGUCUUGAGAAGUGUAAGGCUAUAUUAAUCAGUGUAUAUCCCUAAUGAUGUAACUGACUGGAUUUGCAACCAAAUACAGCAUUGCUUCUACUAACUUGACUAAUUCCUAGCAGUUAUGAGCUGAGCUAUGUCUCAAUUGUGAAAGGUAAGCAAAGAACAGGAAGACUUAAUGAAGUUUUAAGGUAAUUGUGCUUCUACCACCCAAUUAUUACCAUUCUGUGCUAUCAGUCAAGUUUGUUCAUUUUGGGUAGACCCCAUGAAAUCAGCUGAAAUUGAAAUUGUUCAGUUUGUUGGUGAACUUGGCCCACUUUACAUGGUGCCAGUCUUCAGCAGACUUUAUUUGAAAAUAACAGAUUUUGUAAAUAACUGAAUAUUCCCCUGAAUGUCUUCAGUGCUUCUCACUGGUACUCGCCUCUGUUACCUAUGGCUGACUGUACAUUUUUGACAGCUCGCUUAGCCAUUGCUAUUGUCAGACAGCAGUGUAUAGCAAAUAGUUGUAUUCUGGGUACAUUUUGCAAAGUAUCAACCUGUACUAAAUAGAUUGUGUAUACUUUAAUGCAAAUACAAAAUAUAGCUUGCAUUUUUGAAUUUGUUUGCUUCAUUUUUCCUUCCUGAAUUGAUUUGGUAUGAGCUUCCUUUUUACAGUCCUCUGUAUGGAGAAAGUCUUACAAAUGGAUGUAUUAUUUUUUUUAAUAAGGUUUGGGUAAUCUGAAAGGGAAAUGAAAGGAAUACAGUUUUUAUGGAGUGAAUGUUGUAUUGGAAUUAUUUUUUCCCCUCUUGUAUAGCUAUUGUGCAUCAUCACUUAGCAUAGGUUUAUUCAUUGUGUUAGUUAGGUGCCUUAUUGCAUGCCAAGUGGAAAUGUAUGCUGAGCUAAUAGGAAAAAAAAAAGGUUUUGGCUCCUGCUCCCUUUUUGUUUCUUUACAUACUAAUCAUUGUUUUAAUUUGACUUCCUGUUUUAUUUUAUUUUUUUUCUCUGUACAGGAAGGUUUACACAGUCACUUCUGUCUUUUAAUGUCCCUGUCUGUCAACUAGCUUCUUUGUAGAUUAGAGGUUAAAGCAAGAAGUUGCAAUGCAAUUGAUCCAUAUUGUUGAUCGCCCUCUCUAGUGGUCAAUUAUUGUCCCAUAUGUCUAUUACCCCAUAUUUGAGUGGCUCACAUAUAUGGAUAAAUAAAGGUUGUUGACUAUCAA